GCCCCGGCGGCCUUUAAAUGCCGUCCAGGGCCGCCGCGGCGCGGCCCUUGCCACGUUUCUUCCUCAGGCGGCGACCGCAGCACCCCGAGAAGGAAAGCACCCCGACUCGGCAGCCGCGGGGCAGGCAGCAGCCGCCGCCUCCCCCGCCGCCAGCUCCUGGGCCUUUCCCGCUGGCCGGGUCGGCGCCGGGCCCCCGGGCGCGCGCGCGCGCGCGCCCGUGUGUGUGUGCGCGCCUCCGCCGGCCUCGGACCCGCGCCCCCGCCCGGCGCAGGACCGCCCCGGGAUCCCCUCCCGCGCGCCGUGUCCCGCGUCCCCCGCCGCCAGCCGUGCACCCAGCCGUGCUGGGCAAGAAGAUGGCGGGAUCGGUGGCCGACAGUGAUGCCGUAGUGAAACUAGAUGAUGGACAUUUAAACAACUCCUUGGGCUCUCCAGUUCAAGCAGACGUGUACUUCCCACGGCUGAUAGUUCCAUUUUGUGGGCACAUUAAAGGUGGCAUGAGACCAGGCAAGAAGGUGUUGGUGAUGGGCAUCGUAGACCUCAACCCUGAAAGCUUUGCCAUCAGCCUGACCUGUGGUGACUCAGAAGAUCCUCCUGCCGAUGUGGCAAUUGAACUCAAAGCUGUGUUCACAGACCGGCAGCUACUCAGAAAUUCUUGUAUAUCUGGGGAAAAGGGUGAAGAACAGUCAGCAAUCCCUUACUUUCCAUUUAUCCCAGACCAGCCAUUCAGGGUGGAAAUUCUUUGUGAGCACCCACGUUUCAGAGUGUUUGUGGAUGGACACCAACUUUUUGAUUUUUACCACCGCAUUCAAGCAUUAUCUGCAAUCGACACCAUAAAAAUAAACGGGGACCUCCAGAUCACUAAGCUUGGCUGAUGCAGUUUAAACCACCUCUAUUUCAAAUAGGAUCAGUUGCCACAGCUAUCUGUCAGUCUGGAAAAGGUGUCCCAGCAAGAUUUGGAGACCUGAAAAGACAACAAAAACAAAAGGCAAGCUUAACUGUCUCUUCUCUCUGUGCAGUUUAAACCCCAAAUGGUUUGGCCUUAGGAAGCUGUCGGAACAAAGACACCGAGCCAUUAUUCCCAAGACAAAGUAAUACGUUUAUGCUGGAUUUUAUUCAUACUAUAUGGACUUGUAAUAAUUUGUGAUUUGGUAGCAAGUUAUUCAUCUUUUCAGAGCAAGGUGAUGUUUAGAAACAAAAGUGCUAAAGACUUAAAACAGCAGAGACGGUACACCGAAAUCAACUCAUUUCUGCACUGAAGUGGAAUUGUGUAGCACAACCAACAUUUUAGUCAGGGUAUUUACAUAGAAUGUAGGUUGUUCAAGGUUUGGUUGUUUAUUUCGUUUUUCAUUUUUGUUUUUUUUUUUUUUGCACUGCAUAAUGUUAAUUCAAAUUUUUAAAGCUUUCCUUUAGUUAUUUAUUUAUACUCAACAUAUGUAUUAGAGAAUGAGUAAUGUCUCAAGAACAGCAAGUUAUGAACUUUUGAAUGUACAAAUAUCUUAGAUCUGAGGGGGGAAAUUACAUAUUACAAUCAUGAAACAGGUGAGUUUCUACCUUAAAGAACUGAGUCGUGUCCUCCAUAUCCCUAAACUUAGGAUCUCUUGAUAAAAAUCGCUAUAAGUGCUUUUGGGAAAAUUUUGCAACAUGUGGAUGAGACUGCUUUUCAAGUUAUUGACAAUUAUGUAAAAUUCUAUUUAUGUUGCUUUUUUCUCCUUACUGUGAAUUAGCACAGUAUUGACUUCCUGAAAACUAAUUAUCUACUUUUCCCUAGAUUUACAUAAUAGCUCAUUAAGUUGUUAUUAAACUAAUUGAAAACGUAUCAGGGGGGAUUGCAUAGACAAUUUUUUAAAUGACUAUCAUAUAAACUUUUAAAAGUAUAAUAUGAAAGUGAUUCUGGAAUGCAGUGUAAACCAGAAGCAAAUGGCCCCAAAUAACUUACUUGGAAAUAAUUGAUAUCAGCUUAAUCUGUUAGCUCAUUGUAUCACUUUUAUUAUGUGACCCUCACCAAUAUCCCUAGGCAAUGGAGCUUCAGAGCACAGGAUGCUUCCUACUGUGUUGACUGGGCUGAGGUAUUGGGAUAAGACAGGAUCCAGAUUAGGAAAUGAUCCAGUUAGUUUAUCAGGAAGGUUAACUCACAGAACUCCAAGUCUCUUGAGUCCAGCCUGUAGGGUGAUGCUUCCAAUUAAGCUGAGUUUCCCUGCCCUUGUGGAACUGAUCAGGCAGCAGAGGGUCUCCAGGAGCGAGGAGCCUGCGGCAACUGUGACCACAAGGCAAGGGACGGUUGGAGCCCUGGGUGCUGAGCUUGGCGCACCGCACUGGCCCAGGCAGAAAGGCCCCUUGGCAUUGCUUUGGUCAGGUAGUGGGGAGAAAGGGGUGCUGGGGUGGGGUGUAUUUAUAUAUAAUUUAGGUUUUGUUUGUACAGUAUACUGCAUCUUGUUAUGACAUGUCCUUGUCCUGCUUUGCUUUUGAGUUUUUUUACACAACAUGCAGAGGCACUGAAGUGGCCACAUCAUUUUCACGUGUCAAGAAUGUAGACAGUGUUUCAGUACCAAAGUCUAAGCAAAAGCAAACUGAAAUUGUGAAUUUUUCAUAGAGAAUAUAUUUGGAUUCUUCUUAACUUUGAAACUGUUUCACACAGCUCCAUUGUGUUAUAUAACAAGAUAUUUUAUCCAACAAGACUUGCUGAGCCCUGAAAAGCUUUAUGUACCAGCUGACUUAACUGGCCAUACUCAGCCAAGAGGGCUGUUCUGUGGCUCCAGGUAUUUUCAGGCCUGUGAUUAACUUCUUAGGGCCUGUAAAGCCACUAGAUUUUGAGGAGUGUUUGUAGAGAGACUUAGAGAGCGCCCUGAAAUGUAUCUGUAAGGGUUUUUAUUCUGCUUUUGGUGGAAGACCCUCACAGGAGGUUUCCUUUGAGUGCCAUCCUUUCCCACCCACUGCAUAAUUCAGCAGAAACUGGAGGAGCUCAGAGCACAACUGAUUGCAAUUGACACAGUUCUAGCUACCUAUCAGCUGAUGGGUUAGCUGCCAAGCCCUUAGGCAGUUUAGUGUAAUGAAACAUUGUUAACCCUUUGUUUUCUGGAGGAGGUGGGUCAGAACCUCUUGGUUAAGCCUAUUGGAAUCAGUGUAGAUGAUGUGAUGGUUUGAUUCAAGUCUAGCUAAAUUAGCAGGGGGCUAAUCCAGCUGCACCAAUCAGUAGCUAUAAACUAGAAUCAGUGUUCACAUCCUUUCAUGGGCAUGUGAGAUCUAAGGUGGGAAUUCAGGAUAGAAAGUGCAAUUUAAAGCUUCACAGGAAAGCAUUUGGGUAUGUAAGGAGUUAUUUCUGACCAGAGCCCUAAUUUUGCAAUAUGACCCAAACCAAGGAGUGUAAAUAACAAUCAGGCUCUGGGAGAAUAAAAGGUAGGCUUUAGACAAUCUGUCCAUUUCUGCAUUAAAAUUGGAGUGAAUGUAUAUAUAUAUCUAGUUAAAACUUAAUAGAAGUGACUUCUUUCUGGGCUAUCCCAGAAUUAUCUUAAAAUGAUUGUUUUUAUAAAAUUCAAAAUCCCAUUUCAAAUCUUGCCAACCUCAGUUCAAAACCCCCUAAGAGAUCACUGUCUUGAAUUGAUAGUGAUUUGUUAAAAGAGUAAAUCUUUUCAUUUGUAUUAAAAAGAAAAUAUCCAAAAAGAGGGAUGGAGCCCUAUUGCCUCAAGAGAAACAGCCUUGGCAUUUUCUGGCGUUAAUGUAAAAAUGAUGUUCUUAUGAUGACAUAUUUUCAAAGAAACACUUUCUUAUUUACUGCGUGGUGUAAAAUGUUGCUGAAUGUGUUGUUACAUUAUUAUGUCACUGCUGAAAGUUAUUUGCACUAUAAUAAAGGCAUUUUCUACAAAAUG